AUACAGCUGCUGCAAGACACUGUGCAUCAGUGUGAUGUUAGUUUUCUUUGAAUAACUGCUGGGAUUGUACCCUUUAUGAAAGCUAUUCUCAGAAGUAGCGUAACCUCAAGAGUGGGGUGGGCGACUACAUUUCCUAGAUACCGUGUAGAGGCAUGAAGGAUGGAAAAAAUGUGUUUAAUUUAACUUGUAUGAUGUGGCUAUAUGUCAUACAACAAGGACAAAGUAGAGAAAAGGUCUGAUCACAUCAUGACAAUGAUGUUUCUUUUCUGUUAAAAUGAACAUCACGUUUAAAAAAAAAACAUUUUUCAAUAUGACUGUCAACCGCUAUGGGGAAAGAAUAAGAAAGUCAUGUCAGUUAGUAGUCUUGCUGAGACCUCACGUGGGACAGAUGUGGCCCCCGGUCAGCACUUUGGACAGUUCAAGAUGUGGCUGAUGUAGACGGUGCUGUGUGACCCACCUCACCUGCAUAUGAAGUUGUGAGCUCUUGAUGAAGGAAUGAGGAUUUUGUUAAAAGCCUGAUGAGUAUUUGGUCAUCUCCUCAGGAAGUCCUCCACCUUCACCUGCCUUCGUCCUCCUCGAGUCAUACCUUCAAUCAUUUUGCCCUGGUUGUCCUCCUCUCCCAGUCUCUCCUGAACCUUGUCUCCUAACUUCCCGUGUCUCUUUCAGCCUUGGCAUCUUCACCUCUGACUCCUGAGUCUUUGGACGUUCACUAAAACAGUGACCCUGACUGUCGUCUCCACCCUGCUGCCCUCUUUACCUCCUUCAUAUCCUUCCACCACCCUGAUGAUUGACUCUUAGUGUGGCAAAGUGGUGGGAAAUUUCCUCAAAACUUCUAGAAGAAGUUCAGCUUCAGAAUUACAUUCAUGUGAAUAAUGGGAAUUUAGUGGAACUAACUGUGGAUAUAUGACAUCCAAGGAUAAAUAGAAACAGAAGUCAUGAGACAACAGUCAUGCAAAAUGGUUUAACAGAUUUAUCUAAGUUGAGGAGACCACGUUUUAGUUACUGGUUUUCAUGGAUGAUUAACGCAGCCCCAUUCGUUCAACCCCCUCCUCCACCCCGCUGAAAAAUCGGUCAACAAUCUGUCUGUUCAACUUUUCACUGACGCGGCUCCACCUGAAUAAUCGAAUUAAACGUGUCUCACUUGUCUGUUGGACUGCAUUCAGAAAGCUUCAGUUCGUGUGAUGGAGGCAUGUUAUGUACCACUAGGUCGCGUGGUCUCACUAGUUAUGCAGUGAGCAGUGUGCUCUGUUCAAGUGACCAAAGCAUGUAUGGAUAUUCCCGUUGGUAUCUAUUUGUGUCAGUCAGCUAAAGUAUACUAGACUAGACCUUCAGUUCCCUUUAGAUUCCCGUGGAUAAGUCCCAGAAUUUUGCAACCCUAUUGUCUCUUGAUCUGUUUGUCUCUCUCCUCCAUCUUCACUCUCCCUCCCUCUCUUUCACGCUCACUUAUUCCAUCCAUCUCUCCUGCUUCUCCUCACAUCCCUGCUAAUCUCAUCGGCAAACGUCAUGGCCAGUGAAAUGUCAAGUUGCUCUCCAACAACAAUUAAUUUACUGGAAACUGACGUGAAGACAGAUAACCCACAGUUAGUGAACUGGAAUGUUCAUACCUAGACCCGGAAAAACAAACGCAGUCAUCACAAAUUUGAUGUCUGACAAUGUCACAGUCACAGUGACUGGAACUCUGUGGCCCACGUGACUGUUUCAGUGAUUUGUUUGUUCUGAUGCUUGUUUUAUCCUCCUUCGUAUUGACUAGAACAUUUUUGUUGUCCACUUCACGAGUCACAGCGAGAAUAGUGUGGGUUUGAUUUCGUCUUGGGUCAACUGGAGUGAACCAUCUCAAAGACAUGCAGUGGUGGAUCGAGAGGUUGUGUUUCUGGGAAGAACUGGGGGUCUCCCUCUCUCUCAUCCCAUGCAUCAUGACUCAUGUUUAUCUCCGGCUGGUUGUCUCUUUCGCUCGUUCCCAUCUGUGUCCUAUUUCUGGUCAGAUCCGAAGCAAAUUGAAAUGACUCAGCAGCGUUGUGUUGUAACGCAGCAGCAGAAAAGUCCUUCCGCGACUGUGACCAAGAGAUCACACUGCUCAGACCUUUGUCUGCUUUGCUCCACUUUGGAGGUCGGACAACAGGCUCCGUCAUGUUGGUGGUCUUCUACCUGCUGUACACGCUGAGCCUGUGUCUGGGUCUGCUCUCUGUGUUGCUGGUGGGCUGCUGGAUGUCCCGCUGGCAGGGGGGCUUCUCCUGGACCGGGUCCCCGCUGCAGUUCAACUGGCAUCCUGUGUUGAUGGUGUCCGGGCUGGUGGUGCUCAGCGGCUUGGCUGCUGUGAUCUACCGCACCCCCUUCACCUGGACUCAGAGGAAGCUCACCUGGAAACUGGUCCACGCUGGUCUGAUGCUGCUGGCGCUGGUCUUCUCCAGCCUGGGUCUCCAGGCAGUCUUCAGCUUCAAGCAGCUCCUGCGGUUGCCACACCUGCAGUCACUCCACAGCUGGGUGGGCUUCUGCACCGUCCUUCUCUUUGCUCUCCAGUGGGUGCUCGGUGGGGCCGGGUUCUUGUUGACCUGGACGCCGCUGUGGAUCCGCCAGGGCCUGAAACCGCUCCACGUCUGGACCGGAAAGGUGGUUCUCAUCUUGAGUCUGAUCGCCUGCAUCAGUGGCAUCAAUGAGAAACUGCUUCUGUCAGCGAAUACCAGGAACUCCACUGCCGAGCAGAUGCUGUCUUAUCCGGCUCAGGUGAGGUUCGGCAACUCCAUCGGCUUCAUGAUCAUUGCGUUUGGACUGGUCAUCCUUGGAAUUCUGUCCAGAGACAAAUGGAAGCGGCCGGAACCGAGCGAUGAGGGUGAACACUUGUUCAUUUUGGAAAAUGGAGGUUGACUGACAUGGACAUUGUUCAAGAGGGUACUUGUUUCUGUGUCAACUGAGAAGGAAAACAAUAAAAUAAAAUGUGAUCUGGG